AUGUAUUUGUUGCAUAAGGACUAUCGUUAUGGAAAUCAGGGAACGUAUAACACAAUAGAAGAAAAUGAUGAUGCAGUAAGAUAUGAACAAGAUAAUGACGAAACACAAAGCCUUAGUAGUGAAGAGAAUACCUUUACCUCCUCCACUGAUAGGAAUGAAACCACUUCUACGAGAAGUGAAUCAGCCAUUCUUAAUGUAUUGUUGGGUCCAUUUAGACCUCAUCAAGCGUUUAUGUGUUUUCCUUCUUCACAUAUUCCUUGGGAAGGUUUUCUUAUCUUUCGUAGAUUGGUCUUGAUUAUUGUGUUGACUUUCGUCUACGACAUUCAGGUCAGGCUGUUCCUAGCUUUAACAUUGUGUGUUGCCAUUCUAAUCUGCCAUAUGUCUGUGAAUCCUUUUCAGAGAAAAAGCGACAAUGUUUUGGAAUCUUUUUCUCUUGGUACACACGUGGUUCUGUGUGGUUUGACUUUAAUAAAAGCUCUUUAUUAUGGUGAAGAUUCUUCUUUUUCAAAACGUUUGCCUGUGUUGAAUGUAAUUGAAAAGAUUCUUAUAGUCGCUCCAUUGUCUAUCAUUAUGAUUGUUGUUCUUGUUUCUAUCGCUAUGAAGUUGGUAUUUGGUUUGAAGCUUUGUUUAGCAGUCUUAACUCGAAAUGCUAGGAGGCUUGUAAGGUUUACUUUGUAA